GCAGUUCGCUCGUUGUCUGCAGCAGCGGCUCAAGCCUUAUCAACAGCUCCCGCACACAUACAGUGAUAGCCCGCGAGUUACCAUGCUUAUGAAAUUUGCAUAUUUUGUGAUCUUUAGCGUGUGCUGGUCACACUGCGCAGGAAACAAUUUAGAUCAUAAUGUCUUUGGAUCAAUGGAUGGCUCCACCAGCACUGAACGUAUUAAUGCGGCGAUGCGUUGCAUUAAUGUCAAUCCACAGCAUUCGGUGGAUUUGCAACAGAUAAUGGGCCUGUGGUAUGGCAGCGAGAUCAUAAUGCAUAGUCAAGAUUUUCCGGGCGUCUACGAAUACGAUUCGUGCGUUAUAAUUCACCUGACCGAUGUGACGCAGCAGAUGCACAAUAGUCGACUCUACAACGACAACAACAACAACAAUUACCGCAACUACAACAAUCGAAAUCAGAAUCAGAAUCAAAACAAUUAUAGGCACAUCUCGACCACGUCGCAAUAUGCGGACAACGAUGAGUAUGUGCGUCAGCCGCAGAAUGCGCACCGGGCAGGAUAUCUGCGUCUGGUGUGGAGCGAGCGUGACAACAAUCUGGAAUAUACGUUCAACUAUACGACAGAUGCGCCCGGCCAGUGGUCCAAUAUUGGGGAUCAGCGCGGCUCUCUGGUCACACGCAACAGCUAUACACAGUUCACGGGCACCGUCCAGGUGGUAAAAGCGGUCAACGAUCACCUGGUGUUGACCUUCUGCGGCAACGAUAUCAAGAGCUCCAUUUAUACAGUUGUGCUCACACGCAAUCGCCUGGGCCUCAGCAACGAUGAGCUGCGCAGCAUACGGAGCAUGCUCUCCCGCCGUGGACUCUACACGGAGACCAUACGCAAGGUCUGCAACGGGACCGGACGUGUGGGCGUUGGCCUCGUCGCGCUGCUCUUGUUGCCGCUACUCGCCGCCUGGGGGCGUCGUCAGUGAGUUGCACAGCAAAGGAAUCGCAAUCCAGCCAUACUCUAUGCUUAAUUUAUGCAUAAUCGACUUAGUUAAGCAUUUAACUCUCGGGCAAUACGGAAUCUAGUUGCAGCUUGUCUAACCAAUUCCUUAGAUUCGGUGCCUUAAUUGCUUUUGUCUCGUCAAUUAAACUCAAUUAGUUAUAUGCCCAAUCCCUCCUACUCCUCCCUCCCUGCUCUGCUCUCCCCUCCACGCCUCCGACUGUCUUGGCUUAGGCUAGAUACAUGUAGGCGUUAAAUGCGCUUUUAAUUCAAUUAUCAACAUUGUUUCUAAGUUGUAUUCUGUUGAUAAUUAAUUCCCACGCUGGCCAAAAAGUAGGCAACGCAAUUUCGAAUAGAACAGUUCACAUUAAUCAGAAUAUUAUUUAUAUUAUUUUUCUAUGUUUUUUAGCUGAGACUGGGACUACAAUCUGAGAUGCGAACCGCGUGCUUAGCACAGUUCUUAUACCCAGUAUUCAUUGAAGACACGGGGUAUAUUGCUGCUAAGAAAAUGUAUGCAACAGGCAGAGUAGAACUUAUUGUCUCAAUCACAUAUAUAUCUCUUCUAUAUCCUUUUGUCGAUAUCAGUUACAAUAACGACUAUUCUAGAGGAGAAUUAUUAAAAAUUUAUCGAUAACUUAUUUGCGUUUAUCGAUAAGUUUAAUCUCUGAGAUUAAUCAAGCUAGUAAGACCAAAAUUUUCAGAUUUUUGUAUACCUCAAGUAUACUCGAAGUUUUGUAUACCUUUUUCCAGCUGCAGUGAGGAUUAAUAAUAUAUUUUUUGAGGUAAGCCCCUUGAGUUUUUGUUUGUGAAUAAAUGUCAUAUUUGUGAACACAAAUUGAAAUAACUUUCGAUCAAUAAAUACAGCAACAGUUAUAUAAGAAUCAAUCAGAAUUAUAUAAUAAACAAUCUUUUAAUCUGCCUGCAUUCAAAUAAGUUGGUAUUAUUGCAGAAUACGGCAACUCGGCUUUGAGUGCAGGGUAUCGCGCAGUCAGUCACUCUCGCGUCUUUCAUUUGUUUACUAAGAUACAAAUAGUAUAUACGAUUAUUGGCCAUGGCAACAGAUGCAAAACUUUCCCCUUAGCCGAUCUUAUCAGAAAUGUUGGCAAGUUUUGGGUUAGAUUCGGAUCCGGGCGAAAUAUAUCUUAUCGUGGAUGGAACACGCGAUUGUUGACCGUAGUCUGGCGAGUUUUAUGCUUGUUUUUUGACUUUUUCUUGAUAAUUUCUUUUAUACACUCUGUUUUGGGCUGUUAGUAAAAGUGCGAGCGU